CAAGACGCUCAGUCGACUGUCUUCGUUCUGUUCUGUUUCGAAUAAUAAAAUAGAAAAAAAUCUCUAGUCAUUGACCUGAGGCCCAAGAGCAAAGAAAAGAGCGAAGUCGGUCUAAAAAACACCGGAGACAUCUAAUUAUGCAAAUGCCGGCGGCUUUCGGUGUUUUGUGGCUGGUUCAGCUGCUUCUGCUGAAGGGUUCCGUGGUUGGAGCUAAUUUCGCCAGGGGAGCGGAGAAAUUAGAGGCUCUUCUCGACACCGAAACUCUGCUCAUCGACGAGCUGCGAGAUUACAUCGAUCGCUUGGAACUGCAGCUGGAGGAGAUUCGGCGGGAGACCUCAGCAAUCGAGGAGAUCCACAGUCGGGUGGAAAAUGUGGAGGAGCACAUGGGAAACCCCCUGAAUGUGCUUACCAUCCUGAAGCGAUUCGAUACAGUGUGGCCGAAACUGGAGCAGCAGGCCAAUGCCACUCACCAGAUAACCUUUGGAGACGGUCUCUCCGACCGGGAUUUGACUCUGCCCAGCGAGGAGGACUACGAGGAGUCCCUCGACCACCUGCUAAACCUUCAGUCGGUUUAUGAGCUGGAGCCCGCCAGUCUCUCCUUGGGCGUGGUCAACGGACUGAAGUUGGGCUCCGCCAUGUCCUGGGGCGACUGCCUAGAAAUGGCUCGCAAAUCGGACUUCUCCGUGGCUAAAUUUUGGCUAGAAACCGCCUUGGAAAAGCUGCCUUCCGCCUCGGAAAACUCCACAGACUCGGAGGGGGAACGGGAACGGGGGAAGGUGCAGAUCCUGGAGGCAGCUCUUCUCAUGGAAUUCCGAGCUGGGGAGCUUUCCCGAGCCUUGGCAACUGUGGAGGAGCUGCUGCUGCUGCUGCCAAUGAACCAGAACCUUCAAAGGGCCAAGAAAAAGAUUGAAAAAGCAAUGACUAAGAAGGAAUUGCCCAAGGGCAGGGGCCAAAAGUCGAAGACAAAGGCAAAAGAACCCAAGUCAGCGGAGCAGCUGCUUAUAGAGGAGCUCUGCCGAGGAGCAACCCACGUAGUUACCACAGGCAGUAGAUUCGACCACUGCCAUUUGGAUGGGAGCACUCCCUGGUCCCUCCUCCAACCCUUUAAACUGGAGCCACUAAGCUCGGACCCGUUUAUAGUGUUGCACCACGAUGUUCUGACCGCAAAGCAGGUCGAGCAAUUGCCGGAACUUCUGGACGAGGAGGAUGAGGCUGCGAAGGGAGAGGGCUAUCAACCGCUGAGGCUAUCAAAGGUGGCUCAGAAACAGCUAAAGCGAGUUAACCUUCUCCUGGGUUACGAGGCUGGGGACCUGGAUUUCUGGAGAGGACGUCGCCAUGGCCACGAACACACCGCCAAGUUGGAGGACGACUCGCAACUCGGACAUGUGGCACGUGCCAUGCUGAGCUUGCAGGCACCCGGAAUCGGGGGAGCUGUGGUCUUUCCGCAGUUGGAGCUCGCCGUGAACGUCCCCCGGGGUUCGCUGCUUCUCUGGCACACGAGGUCCGCCGGAGGACUGUCAUCCGAGUGGGACUACCGAAGUGGCCAGGCGGUCUGUCCCGUUCUGCUGGGCGUCCAAUUGUCCGCGUGGACAGGACUCCAUUGACGUGGGCGGCCGGGCUCGAUGGGUUUCCAUGGUUUUCCGAUGCGAACUACAUAUGCAUUAAUUGCCAGCGGGAAAAUCAAAUAAAGUUGGCCUUGGCCUUUGAUUAAAA